AUGCCGCGAGGAGAUGCGCCUGCCGGCAGCGAGAGCAGACGGCAGACGGCAGAGGGCCGCCCCCCACCCACCCUCACCCCCACCCCCACAACACCACCACCACCACCACCACCACCACCGAGGCUGCGAUCUACCGCCACGCUGGCGCCCGCGGCUGCCGUGCGAACGUCGAAGCCCGUGCUGGGCUCGAAGCACCGGCACGUGGCGGCAGCCUGCCUGGCGCGCCGCCUUCCUUCAUGGCACAUGGUCCACAACAGAGGUGGUGGUGGGCAGCUGGAGGCUGACACACUCUUGCAGCAACAGCCUCCAGCAAUAACAAUCGAGACAGGGCAGGAAGAGCGUGUUUCUAUGGACGAGGAAGGAGAGGUAGGGCCGUCGCUCAGCCCUGCUGUCAUCUCCGCCCCCCUCGGCUGUACGGUGCUCACUCGCCCGCCCGCACACGCCUCGCCUCGGCAGCCGUCGCUCAGCCCUGCUGUCAUCUCCGCCUGCCUCGGCUGUACGGGCGCUCACUCGCCCGCCCGCACACGCCUCGCCUCGGCAGCCGUCGCUCAGCCCUGCUGUCAUCUCCGCCUGCCUCGGCUGUACGGGUGCUCACUCGCCCGCCCGCACACGCCUCGCCUCGGCAGCCGUCGCUCAGCCCUGCUGUCAUCUCCGCCCCCCUCGGCUGUACGGUGCUCACUCGCCCGCCCGCACACGCCUCGCCUCGGCAGCCGUCGCUCAGCCCUGCUGUCAUCUCCGCCUGCCUCGGCUGUACGGGCGCUCACUCGCCCGCCCGCACACGCCUCGCCUCGGCAGCCGUCGCUCAGCCCUGCUGUCAUCUCCGCCUGCCUCGGCUGUACGGGUGCUCACUCGCCCGCCCGCACACGCCUCGCCUCGGCAGCCGUCGCUCAGCCCUGCUGUCAUCUCCGCCUGCCUCGGCUGUACGAGUGCUCACUCGCCCGCCCGCACACGCCUCGCCUCGGGAGCCGUCGCUCAGCCCUGCUGUCAUCUCCGCCUGCCUCGGCUGUACGAGUGCUCACUCGCCCGCCCGCACACGCCUCGCCUCGGCAGCCGUCGCUCAGCCCUGCUGUCAUCUCCGCCCCCCUCGGCUGUACGGUGCUCACUCGCCCGCCCGCACACGCCUCGCCUCGGCAGCCGUCGCUCAGCCCUGCUGUCAUCUCCGCCUGCCUCGGCUGUACGGGUGCUCACUCGCCCGCCCGCACACGCCUCGCCUCGGCAGCCGUCGCUCAGCCCUGCUGUCAUCUCCGCCUGCCUCGGCUGUACGAGUGCUCACUCGCCCGCCCGCACACGCCUCGCCUCGGGAGCCGUCGCUCAGCCCUGCUGUCAUCUCCGCCUGCCUCGGCUGUACGAGUGCUCACUCGCCCGCCCGCACACGCCUCGCCUCGGCAGCCGUCGCUCAGCCCUGCUGUCAUCUCCGCCCCCCUCGGCUGUACGGUGCUCACUCGCCCGCCCGCACACGCCUCGCCUCGGCAGCCGUCGCUCAGCCCUGCUGUCAUCUCCGCCUGCCUCGGCUGUACGGGCGCUCACUCGCCCGCCCGCACACGCCUCGCCUCGGCAGCCGUCGCUCAGCCCUGCUGUCAUCUCCGCCUGCCUCGGCUGUACGGGUGCUCACUCGCCCGCCCGCACACGCCUCGCCUCGGCAGCCGUCGCUCAGCCCUGCUGUCAUCUCCGCCCCCCUCGGCUGUACGGUGCUCACUCGCCCGCCCGCACACGCCUCGCCUCGGCAGCCGUCGCUCAGCCCUGCUGUCAUCUCCGCCUGCCUCGGCUGUACGGGCGCUCACUCGCCCGCCCGCACACGCCUCGCCUCGGCAGCCGUCGCUCAGCCCUGCUGUCAUCUCCGCCUGCCUCGGCUGUACGGGUGCUCACUCGCCCGCCCGCACACGCCUCGCCUCGGCAGCCGUCGCUCAGCCCUGCUGUCAUCUCCGCCUGCCUCGGCUGUACGAGUGCUCACUCGCCCGCCCGCACACGCCUCGCCUCGGGAGCCGUCGCUCAGCCCUGCUGUCAUCUCCGCCUGCCUCGGCUGUACGAGUGCUCACUCGCCCGCCCGCACACGCCUCGCCUCGGCAGCCGUCGCUCAGCCCUGCUGUCAUCUCCGCCUGCCUCGGCUGUACGGGUGCUCACUCGCCCGCCCGCACACGCCUCGCCUCGGCAGCCGUCGCUCAGCCCUGCUGUCAUCUCCGCCUGCCUCGGCUGUACGAGUGCUCACUCGCCCGCCCGCACACGCCUCGCCUCGGGAGCCGUCGCUCAGCCCUGCUGUCAUCUCCGCCUGCCUCGGCUGUACGAGUGCUCACUCGCCCGCCCGCACACGCCUCGCCUCGGCAGCCGUCGCUCAGCCCUGCUGUCAUCUCCGCCUGCCUCGGCUGUACGGGUGCUCACUCGCCCGCCCGCACACGCCUCGCCUCGGCAGCCGUCGCUCAGCCCUGCUGUCAUCUCCGCCUGCCUCGGCUAUGUCGUGUCUAA